CUAUCCGGAUACGAGCUCCGGCCGGCGCGUGCGCCGUCGGCCUCGGCGACGGACGAAGAGCGUCGGCAGUACAUGCAGCGCCAGCUGGCGGACGCCAUCGCCGACCACGCGUCGAUGGACGACCUGCGCAUCUUGCUGGCGACGGGGGCGCGCUCCGACCGGCCCGUGCGGCAGGGCCUGUUCCCGCUACACUACGCUGUCUACGAGCGCUACGCCGACGCCGCGCGACUGUUCCUCGUGCGAGGUGGCGCUGUCGACUCCACCGACGACGUCGGCUACACGGCCAUGCACCUGGCGGCCGAGAAAGGUUACUUUGACAUGGUGCGCCUCCUGCUGGAGUUCGGAGCGCGCGUCUGCUUCGCCGACCCGAACCCAGCCGAACUGUUUCCGUCACGUGACCAGCCCGAGGAGCCGCUCCGGCUGGCCAUCAAGUCGUCGCAUUACCGCGUCGCCCAACUGCUGCUGCAGGAGGGUGCCAAUCCGAACACCAG